AUGUAUGAUGUGGCUAUACUAGGUACCGAUAUUGUUUGGAGGCGUCACGCGAAUCAAUUAAUUUCAGCCAAUUCUUAUAAAGGCUCGGUAACACAGCUUACAGGCCGGUUACCCCCAGGAACUACGCCUAACACUCCCACUGUGAACCAGACCUUGCGCAGUAGUAGUGAAGCCUCCGAGUGGGCUGAGUCAGAAGACUCGUUCGGUACGCCGUCAAAUGCAACCUAUUCC